AUGUCACAGCUGUUCUCAACGUGGAGCAGUCGCCAGUGGACUCCAAUUUCAAACAGCGAUAAAUGCUGUAUUAAAAUUUAGCGGCCUUGCAGUCUCCCUUUCGUGCAAUGCAGAACUCGCGACGGUGUAUCAGCCUGCUCUGCGCCACGCUGCAAACGCACAGUAUAAGGCUAGGAAUUGGGACUUCCAAUAUGCGGCUUCUGCAUCGCAGAAACAAAAAGCACGAGACAAACGUGUCGGCACUUUUCAAGCCGGUCCAAGUGCAGGCUAAUGCCGAUGCCGAAGAUGUGGGCUCAGAGCUGGUUGGCAAGCUAGAAAAGGCAGAGCUGCUAAAAAUCCUAAAUAAAUUCACACAGCGGCGCGAGGUGAAGGCACUGUGCUCAGAAAAUGGCUUAGACUCGUAUUUGCAGCAGCAAGCCUUUGGAUCUUUCCGUCGCUACUGUAUCGAAGCGGAAAACCUGCCCGUGGACCUCCAUAUUAUCUUCAGUGACAUAAUGCAAGGUGCUGGCCAUAUCGAUGAUGUGUUUCCAUACUUUUUGCGCCACGCUAAGACGGUUUUUCCUCACCUUGACUGUAUGGAUGACUUAAAGAAGAUCUCAGAUUUGCGACAACCAGCCAACUGGUACAGCAAUGCUCGAGCAAUCACACGCAAGAUCGUAUUUCAUGCGGGUCCCACAAAUUCGGGUAAAACAUACCAUGCUAUGGAGCGGUACCUUAGCGCCAAGACUGGUGUCUACUGUGGUCCACUUAAGCUGCUCGCCACAGAGGUAUACAACAAGGCUAAUGAACGUGGCACUCCUUGCGAUUUGGUGACGGGCGAGGAGCGAAAGUUUGGAAUUAGCGAGAACUCGCCGGCGAACCAUGUGGCAUGUACAGUUGAAAUGACUUCGGUGAAUACUCCAUACGAAGUUGCAGUAAUCGAUGAGAUACAACAGAUACGGGAUCCCCAACGCGGCUGGGCGUGGACACGUGCUUUUUUAGGCUUGAUUGCUGAUGAAGUGCACGUUUGUGGUGAGGCAGGGGCUCUAGAAUUACUUCAAAAGAUAUGCGAGACCACAGGCGAAACGGUUGAGAUCCGAAGAUAUGAUCGCUUGACGGAACUUACUGUUGAAGAUUCGGCGUUGGGAACGUUAGAUAAUGUUAUGCCUGGCGACUGCAUUGUGUGCUUCAGUAAACAUGAUAUUUACACCGUCUCACGGGAAAUAGAAGCGCGAGGCAAGGAAGUUGCUGUAAUUUAUGGUGGCCUACCACCUGGUACGAAGCUGGCGCAAGCUGCCAAAUUUAAUGACCCUGAAAACAGUUGCAAAGUUAUGGUGGCUACAGAUGCCAUUGGCAUGGGCUUAAAUUUGAGCAUACGACGCAUAAUCUUCUACUCACUGGUAAAGCCCACCAUGAACGAGCGAGGAGAACGUGAAAUUGACACAAUAUCCGUCUCCUCGGCACUUCAAAUAGCAGGACGAGCCGGUCGGUAUCGCACGCAAUGGGAACACGGUUAUGUGACAGCUUUUAAGUCUGAGGACCUACAAACGCUGAAACGUAUACUUAGUGAUACGCCCGAGCCUUUGAAAAGUGCUGGGCUGCAUCCCACUGCUGAUCAAAUAGAACUUUAUGCCUAUCACCUGCCAAACUCUUCGCUCAGCAAUUUGAUGGAUAUCUUCGUUAAUUUGUGUACGGUCGACGAUUCCCUCUACUUUAUGUGCAAUAUCGAAGACUUCAAGUUCCUGGCGGAGAUGAUACAGCACGUGCCACUGCCACUGCGCGCCCGAUACGUUUUUUGUUGCGCUCCCAUCAACAGAAAGAUGCCCUUUGUGUGCUCAAUGUUUCUCAAAAUAGCUCGACAGUACAGCCGCAAUGAACCCAUCACAUUCGAAUUCAUCAAAAAAAACUGUGGUUGGCCAUUUAAGCUUCCAAAAACAAUACUUGACUUGGUUCACUUGGAAUCCGUGUUUGAUGUUAUGGAUCUAUAUCUAUGGUUGAGUUAUCGCUUCAUGGAUCUAUUUCCCGAGGCAGCAAAUGUGCGGAUAGCUCAAAAGGAGCUUGACGAAAUUAUUCAACAGGGCGUAUUUCAAAUAACCCGAUUGCUGAAGAAUACUGAAGCCAAUCAGAAUAUGCAAGACGGAGAGACGAUGAACUACAAUGUGCGCCGCAUUACCCACGUUAAGGAGCCACGAAUGUCCAGUGCCUCGCGAGGGCGACUGACGGAGAGACUACUGGCUCAAGGGUUGCUGACCCCGGGCAUGUUAAGCGAACUGCGCAAGGAGUGGGAUGCACAGCAGCAAAUGCCUCCCAAAGAGUCUGCUGAUUUUGGCACAGAAAGCGAUGACGAAGACAACUAUGGCGGAUUCAAGAAAACGAGGCGGAAGCGCAGAAAAUAAUUGAUCUGUAUAUAUGAAAACGUAUGUAUAUUAAUCAUUUGUACAUGUGUAGGGAGCAUUAAAAUGUUUGGAUCGUACAUACUAGUA